UUGAGGUUUUCGUUUUGUGUUUUCUUUUUUUUUUUGUAGAUGAUAUAACGCCACGUGGCGUAUCUGUCUCUCAUAAUCGGUUAAUUACCAAAAAGCCCCGUGAGGAAACGUAUUUUUUCCCGAGAAAAUCUUUGACGGCAGAGGAGACAAAUGACGAAGAAAGGACUCAAGUCUCCGUCGUACGGCGGUGGAGGCUCUGCUCGGAACUUGGAGUUGGUUGGGAAGUCAAGUGAGGAUGUAAGAAGCUCUACAAGACUCAGACUCAAGCCUUUGAGGAAGCCGAAGACUAGUCAGAAGCAGAAGAAUAAGAAAGCUGAUAAACUCCAUGGGAAGAUGCCCAAGAAACCUCCCACUGCUUUCUUCUUUUUCUUGGAGGAUUUUCGGAAGCUAUAUCAAGAGGAGAAUCCUGAGGUCAAGUCAAUGCGAGAGAUUGGGAAGACAUGUGGAGAGAAAUGGAAAACAAUGACUUACGAGGAGAAGGUAAAAUAUUAUGAUAUAGCCACUGAGAAGAGGGAAGAGUUUCACCGAGCAAUGACUGAAUAUACUAAGAGAGUGGAAUCAGGUGAAUUUGAUGAAUCAGAGACCGAAUCAGACUUUUCUGAAUAGACCCACAUCAGCAAAACAUUUGUUCUAAGCCUUCUAAUAUGGAUUUUGUAUAUCAGUGUCAACAACAUUUAGAAGUUUGUUUUUGGUUGAGAUCUUGACACUCUUGUUGACUGCACUUUGAGAUUAAUAGAAAUUAACCAGUUUCUUCA